UUAUAUAAGAACCGACAAAAAAGAAGUCUAAGAAGAAGAAAAAAAAAAGUUGAACAAUGAGUUCUUCGUCUUCCUCUUCUUCUUCUUGGUCUCGCAGUAAAUGUCUUGAUUCAGAAUUUAUGUUCGGGCAAAGGGAAGUAAAAAGAAUCUUGAUUCUGUUUCUUUGUUUGUCUGCUUCAUGUCUUGUUUUAUACAAAGCAGCUUAUCCUCUGCAACGACUUAGUGUCAACAAUCUCAGUUCUCUUGUCGCUUCUCCCUCCUCUCCACCAUUGCCAAAUAUCAACUCAUCAGAGAUUUCUCAAGAAACAGCCAAACCAAAGAUCAGUUUCAAGGGGAUUUUGGAGAAUGCUACAAUGAAGAACAAUACAGUGAUUAUAACGACACUGAACCAAGCUUGGGCAGAGCCAAACUCUUUGUUCGAUCUUUUCCUAGAGAGUUUUCGUAUCGGGCAUAUUGAGUAUACUAGUCUCUAAUACUUAGAUAGAAACAGAGGCUUUGCUUAUACUCUUCUAUAUACUUGUAUAUAAACAACCACUUGUACAUUUUUCACUAAUUAAUGAAAUACAGUUUAAAUU